CCGGAGUAUGGGUCGAAAUUUCCAAAGCAGUAUUUACUUCCGGGUAGCUUCAACGUGAAGAUUAAGGAGACUGACGUUAUAGGUCACCUUGGUCUUUCAUCUUGAUAAUAAGAAACAGAAAUUUCAUUCAAAAAAUGGAAGAGGUUUGUAUGGAGGACCCUGAUUCCAUUUCAGAAGUAGAAAUUACAGACCUGAAAGGGUAUACUAAUCAGAGUAAAGAAAACAUGUUGACAAGACUGUCUCAGACCGAUGCUCAUUUUAAACACCAACAGCGAGGCGAAGCUGACCUGACAUGCGAUGAAAAGAGAGAAAUUGCAAGAAAUAUUUUGGAAAAAAGUUCUUCAAUAUUCUUAGCACGGUUUGGUGCCUACCUUUCAUCUGAUGACCUUGAACAUUUCGUAGACAAAUCUGGUGAUUAUGAAAUACAGUUCUAUCUGCAACAACUAAAGAAAGAGAAAAGUAAAGAUUACUCUGCAAACAGGGUUAAGAAUCGUCGCUAUCAAGCCAUGAAGCAGCUGAUUCAGGAGGGAGAAUAUUUCAGUGACGAUUCCAUUAAACAUCGGGAUCCCUACCUGUAUGAACAGCUGAUUGGUCAAUACUUAACACAGGAGGAAAUCCAAGGUCUGGUGGACAAGGCAGACCUCAGAUUCUCAACCAUCCUGCUCAAACACAUGGACCAACUGGAGGAAAAUCAGGUGUUUAAGUUUCAAAAAGACAAAGAGGACUGUCAGUUUGAAGAAGAAGAUGAGGAUAGUGAAGAAGAAGAAGAAAUGGAGAAAGAUGAAGAAGAAAUUUCAGAUGAGAGGAAAUCAGAAAUGAGAGAGGAGCUUUACAGAAUUAUGCAGGAGAGAUUUCUCUCUGGAAAAGAACAACAAUUUGACUACAGUCAAGUGGAUGACAAUACAGCUUACGAUGACCUCGAUCUUUUGGACAAGGAUGAAGAAGAGAAAUAUUUUGAUUCGGAAGAACCAGUGGAAAUGUCUGUUCCUAAACUCACAGAUCUUGCCAACUCAAUGUUAAUAAACAAUGACACCGCCCAAAUAAACGGCAGUGAAAAACCAGAUGUUGGUGGACAAGACACCAGCAUUACAAAUACAUGUGGUUCAGGAACAGAACCAAUGAAAACAGACAUUCAGGAUAAUUCCUCAGAGGGAAAUGUAACUUAAAUGUGAAUAAGGGUUCAUAAUACAUGUUUAUUUUUUAUAUAUACUGAAUUUGUGUACUCUUUUAUUUACUUUAUAUCAAAUAAUGAGAUUUGGUAUCAGAAACUAAAUCAGCCAUUGAGGCUGUUUUUAAUUUUAACUGAAAAAGGAAAUUAUUUUAAAUUUGUUCUAAACAUUUAAUCAGCCAAUCAAAAUAUUAGAUCAACGAAAAUGGAAGCUUUGCAGUUAAUCAACCUAUCAAAUUUUGUUGUGUUUACUAAACAAGUCAAUCAGAUUGUGCUUUAAUUACCUAAAUCAGUUAAAAGUAAUUUUAAUUAUUGAAACAGCUGAUGAGGUUGUUUGUGCAUUACCAUUGUUUCAUGAAUUAAAUCAGUUAAUUAUUUUUCGACUGCUGUGUUAAAAUAAAUCAGCUAAUCAAAUUGUGUGUUAAUUACUAAUUCAUUUGAUCAGAUUGCAUUCAACUCAAAUGGUUAAUACAGUUUUGUUUCAUGACAAUAUUAGCCAAUCAGAUUACGUUUCCUGAACAUAUCAGCCAAUCAGAUUGCGUUUGAGUAAA